AUGCCGUUCUUUGGGAGUUCCAAAAAGAGUCCCCAGGAACUGGUGAAGGCUAUCAAGGACCAGCUCCAGGUCCUGGGCACCAAGUCUGCUAAGGGCUACCAGACUGACAAAAAGGUAUCUGAGGACCUGACAAAGAACCUCCAGGUGAUGAAGACCAUGCUUUAUGGGAGUGCUGACUCAGAACCAUCCACCGAAGUUGUGGCCCAGCUGGCACAGGAGGUUUACAAUACUGGUACCCUGAUACUACUCAUCAAACACCUCAUCCGUAUUGACUUUGAGGGAAGGAAAGAUAUUGACAGAAUAUUUGCUAACCUCUUGAGACGACAGAUUGGUACACGUAUGCCCACUGUAGAGUACCUGUGCACCAAACAGGAAGUCUUGUUUGAACUUCUGAACAAGUAUGAGGAGCCAGAGACUGCUUUACUAGGUGGACGCAUGCUACGAGAGUGCUGUCGCAUAGAGAGUCUCACCAAAAUUCUGUUAUAUCACGAGUCCUUUUAUAAAUUUUUUGAUUAUGUUGAACUGUCUACAUUUGAUAUUGCCUCUGAUGCAUUUUCAACAUUUAAGGAGUUAUUAACUAGACACAAAAUACUGUCAGCUGAGUUUCUAGAGGCCAACUAUGAUAGGUUCUUUGCCAACUACCAGAAGUUGCUCAGUUCAGAAAACUAUGUCACCCGGCGACAAGCCUUGAAACUUCUAGGAGAAUUACUGUUAGACAGACAUAACUUCACCACCAUGACUCGCUACAUCAGUAGUCCAGAUAACCUCAAGCUGAUGAUGAAUAUGCUGCGUGAGAAAAGUCGUAAUAUUCAGUUCGAAGCCUUCCACGUGUUCAAGGUGUUUGUAGCGAAUCCAAACAAGCCAAAACCAAUUCUGGAUAUACUGUUACGGAACAAGGAACGCUUAGUUGACUUUCUCACCAAAUUCCACACUGAAAGAUCAGAGGACGAACAAUUCAUUGACGAAAAAACAUAUCUCAUCAAGCAAAUUACAGAACUGUCUGGGCCGAAAGAUCAGAUGGAAGUUAAGUGACUUCCCUGGAGGGGUGGGUGACGCACCUAGAGGAGCCAAUACAUUAGAGACAUUAUAUCUGAUGUGACUGACCACUCACACUGCAAUGUAUGUUCAAACUAUAAGUGGUCACUAUAGAUACAAUGUAUAUCUGAAUUAUAUGAAAGGGCACUCAGCAGUUAGCUACAAUAUUGUUCAGAGAGGAGAAGUGGCCAUUUAUGUUUUAAUUACUUUAGAACAAAGGGAGCCUAUAGUUUUGGAAGUGUACCAUAUACAACAUGUACAUGUUGGAAACAGUCCCUGUGGUUACUGUAAAUCAGUGGUUUCUUAGGUAAUUAUGUCACAAUGUAGACUUACAUGUCAUUUAUUUCAAAAGUUACAAUACAUUUUGGAACUUGAAAAGGAGUGAGUGCCAUCUACAUUUCUACAGUCCGUUUCUGUGUCAGACCUCGAUCUGAUUCCACAAAACCAAUAUAGCCUCGACUGAUGGUCGCUGUACUGUAUACUUGAUGCUGUUCUUUUAGAUGCUCAGAAACUCCCAACAGAUGUUGUUGAAUUCAAGUGCUUAUCAGAGUUGGUACAAAUUUGAAAGUGUGAAGGCCUUGGAUGAUUUCAAGGUUGCCACUAUUUUUUUCUAAAAAACAGAACAGAAUUGGUUCAGCUGAGUUAUAACACAGGUAUGUUUCAGAGUCUGACCCACUACAUCGUAGUCAGCCAUGAAAAUAAUGUGGAGAAAAUUUCAAUUUUUUUGGGUUGUUACAUUAAGGUUAUAAAUGACAUGGUAUAAAUAGUGUUCUUUAUUCUGAAAGUUUGUCAUGUUUUCCUUGUCCUUUGUUUGUAAUAUUUGGUCUGUAUUUUGUAUUAUCAAAUGAUCAGUCUAGAGAUUUAAUUGUUUUGGAAGGAAAUUUGACAGUAACAUAUGGGUUUAAAAUUUUCGUGUAUGCAGGAAUAUUGUUUCCUAUCCAUUUUGGUAUCUAUGAUACCAUGAUAAGUAUAUAGUAUAUCGUAAAAACAUUUAAACCUGCUGUCAGCUGUGAAAAUCUAAUAGUAAUUCAUUCUUUGCGAUAAAUCACAAGUAUGUUUGUACUGUAUGGUGUCUUGAGAUAAGAAAUGAUUGGUAUAUGAUGAUGUGAUGUGACCGUCUGUUCACACGUAUAGAUGAUGAUGUGAUGUGACCGUCUGUUCACACGUAUAGAUGAUAUGUGAUGUGAUGGUCUGUUCACACGUAUAGAUGAUGAUGUGAUGUGACCGUCUGUUCACACGUAUACAUGAUAUGUGAUGUGACGGUCUGUUCACACGUAUAGAUGAUGACAUGAAAUGACCGUCUGUUCACACGUAUAGAUGAUGAUAAUGAUACAUUUAAUGCUAUUAAUCAUGUAACAAACCUACUGUCCAACAUCUCUCACAAUUAUAAAAAUCUUUUCUCAGUGCCAGAUGUGAAUUUUAUAACCGAUGAAAAAUAUUUACUAUAGAAAUUUAAUAGGUACACCCUGGUAACGAAGAUUGUUUUAAUAGGUACACCCCGGUAACGAAGAUUGUUUUAAUAGGUACACCCCGGUAACGAAGAUUGUUUUAAUAGGUACACCCCGGUAACGAAGAUUGUUUUAAUGCAUUGAUUAGAAAUACUUUAAAUUAGCAUGAUUAAAAUGGGUAUUUAUAUGUCUUUGAUUAAACUUGUAAGAUGAAUAUCACAUUUCAAAAAUGCAUAAUUUUGUUUUGUUUGAUGUGACCUCUGGUUUGUUAUUCCAUUGCUGUCACCUUUAAUUUGUAAACUUAGUUGAUAUGGUGUUAAAUGAUUAAAGUAAUCUUCAAAAUUUUCCACAAUCCUUUAGGAAAGGUAACAAAAGCUGCUCAUUUUGGAAAAAUGUUGGUGUAUAUAACCUUAGUUGAGAGAUGUAUAGGUUGAUGGUUCAUACCUGUGGCAGUUUGUCUUUCUCGCUGAGAAACACGCUGGUCAUCUUGUUUUUAUCCUUGAGCCAGACAAACUCUGGUAUGUUGUUCAGUGUGGUAUACACUACGUGUAGCUACUUUCAGGAGGCUAGGACUCGGAAUGCUAAACCAAGCAAGCAAAAUAAACAGUAGAUUUCAGUACUUGUUUGCUGGGUCUAUCUGCCUGUGAACAGCCACGAAUGAUUAUGCAACUCACUUAGUACCAUGCUUUCCAAAGAAAUUUGGUUGAAGUCUUUACCUUAAGAGAUAACCACAACAGUGCAGUCUGUGAUGUUAACUUCCAGCUGGGAAAUACAAACUGUCCUGAGUAGGAACCUGCCCUGAUAUUGCUGUAUUUAUAGGCCUCUAAAUUGCAAACAUUUUUGUAGGGAACAGCAUUAAUUCAACAAAUGUGUGAAGAAUUGGUCAAAUAUUUAUUUGUUUUAAAGAAAUAGGCCGCAAAAUUUCUAAGUAGUAUCCUCUCCUACCAUCUUGAUCAUUGUCUUCAUUGUUAAAUGUGCUUUAAAAAAACUUGACUUGUUAAAAUAAUGGAAAAGAAAAUCAUAGAUGACCAGUCUCCCAAUGUUGGAUGCUUCCUAAAUCAUUUUGGAAUAAUGAUAAAUAUCAUCACCUUAUUCUGUAAAAACUAUGACAUGUUUGUUGUGACAAUUUUUGUCUUUUUUUUAAAAGUCUUAUUAAUUAAAAGUACAUGUAUAUUGUAUUUUUAUGGUUUGAAUGGUUCCUUGCAUCCUGAAUGGUGUUAACAGAACAAAAUAGUUUCAUCUGAAAUGAUGCAAGCCUCUAUAUACAAUAGUUAUUAUUCACAGGUAGAUAACUCAUAAAAAAGGGGAGGUAAUUACAUAAAGAAGUGGCAUCCUGUCCCGUUCUGUUUCUUGUGAAAAUUAAUAAUGUGUUAUAUCUGUAUGUGAAAAUACAAAUUUUGAAUUUAUGAUCAGAUAUCAACAGUUGACACCAUUGAAUGUCAAUAAUUAUAAACAAUAUUUAGUCGAAAAUCAACAAUAAUCAGACAUUUUAUCUCAGGGAAAUAUGGUAAAGACUUAACUUUUCCAUAAUUGGCCAUCCAGCUUGAAAGUUGUAUAAUGAAAUUAAUUAGUAAUACACAAUUAGAUGAUAUUGAAAUUAAAGUGGAUAGAUUUUAUUUUUGUUUUUUCUGAUGUCUUUCUUGAGGUGAGCAUGUAGAUUUCCAAUGUUUAAUCAGCUAGAUAUGAGAUUCCAAAGCUUUCAGGACUCAAUUUGACAAGAUGUGCUGUAACAGCAGAAAUAUCAAUAUUUGAAAAGCUAAAUUAACAUGGCUGCGUGGUUUUAGUUGUAUGUGUUUUUAGUUACUUAGAUCACCCUCUGGAUCAUUGGUCUAGAUUUUAGGAAUGUUGAUACACUGACUUGUGGAUCCAGGUCUUGUGAAAUCAGACAGAAUAAGCAACUAUAAAGAAAAACACUUGUCAUAUGAUUGUUUGUCAGAAUAGCAGUGGAGUUUUGAAUCUGUGAUUACUUAGUGCUGUUAUUAUUUUCUUUGUCUUUAGUUAUUGCUAGUGCUACUGCUGUCUGGUCUAUCAAACACAAUUAUCUUCAUAUUUACAACUUACUUACUAACAUGAUAUAUCUGAAUGCAUCACAUGUCGGUUUAAAUUCACUGUCAAUGUGAGUUGUCACAUAUGUAAGAUAUUCGGACUAGAUGUGAAAUCUGAUUGGUCAGAAAUUCCAAUGGAAGCAAACUCAUCUGUUGUGCUUGAUGAUAGAAAGUCAUCAGUUCAUUAAAGUUAUACUGUAUAUACAUUUUGAACUGUUUUAUUUAUUUAAAAUUGUAGUUGAAAAGAAAGACUUUCCUUUUUCAUUGCAUUUAAUGUAGAUUUUAGAUGAAAAUGAUAGAGUAAGAUAUUGAAAAUUAGAAUGAAUUUGCUGCUUUCAUUAAAAAAAUAAAACCUGUUGUACAAUAUAACAGGAUGAUGAUCAUAGCUAGCUGUUAAUGUUUUGUGUCAUCAAAAAUUUACGAUUGAAACAGUAUUCCAGCAUGGUUUAGUUGAUACUUCAAAAGAAAUCCAUUUGUCUAGGUCAUUGUGAUGGGAUAAAAUGUAUGAUUGUUUAUCUGUGCUAGGGUCAGUAUGUGUAUCAUAUUCAUUAAAGAAUACAUUCGGCUGGUCUCCAUUCAGUUGCUGGCAUCAUGUAGUUAUGUGAUAUUUACUACCAUAAACUGUUAAGUGUUAAAAUUCUCCUGUUGGAAUAGAUAGAUAUAUUUUUUUUGUUUUGUUUUGUUUUUUUUUUUUUUUUUUUUUGCUUUUUUUAAACUAUGAGUUUUUUUGGCUAAUGUAGAGUAAAAUACUGUGAUCAGAAUUCUUAAAGGAAACUUAUGAAUAUUAAAGCCAUUUUUACAAACAAACACAGAAUUGUACAUGAGUUUUUGAAUACACUUGAUCAAUGUGUACGAUGUAGACAGUACAUUUGACAUACAUAAAGAUUACAGAUAGAGUACAGGGAGUGUGAGCUGUGUACCUGAGCUGGAGUUUUAAACAAGCACACUAAUUACUUUUGUCAUUUCCAUGUUAAGAGUUGAUUUGUUUCCAAAUUGAAAGAGUUGUUGCUUGUCUAUAAGUCCAGCUUAUUUUUACUGUAAGAAGUGUAGGAUCAGUGACAGGAUAGUUAGACUAACUAUCAAAUGGAUUACUUAUAGAGUGUCAGUACAGACAUCUGCUUCAGUCCUCCUAUUACAUGUACUUUUUGUUCAUUUAUUUGGCAUGUUGUUAUUGACAAGAUAAAUAGAUAUUUUAACUUCCAUUGGAUUGAUAAAAUUCUAUUCUCUGCAAAUUCAAAUACAUUGCAGAAUUAGAAGGUGCAGAUAUAUACUCAUAAUUACUAUUUAUAUCUAUCAGUACAGACAUCUAGAAUUGUUUCAGUUCAUUUGAUUAUUAUUACUGUAUUUAACUUGUGAUAAGCCCAUACCUUGUAAUGAGCCAACCCAAAUCUAUAACUGUUACAGUUGUACAAUUACAAAAAAGGCUUAUUGUCCAGUAAUAAGCAUGUAGUCUAACUCUGAAUCAGUGUUAAUGAGUUGACCCCUAAGCUUAUUGUCUUGUUAUAUGCCUGCUGUCCAACAUUAAAUCAGUGUUAAUGAGUUGACCCUAGACUUAUUGUCUUGUAAUAAGCCCACUGUCUAACUUUGAAUCAGUGUUAAUGUGUCAAACCCCCUAAGCUUAUUGUCUUGUAAUAGGCCCACUGUCUAACUUUGAAUCAGUGUUAAUGUGUCAAACCCCCUAAGCUUAUUGUCUUGUUAUAAGCCCACUGUCUAACAUUGAAUCAAUGUUAAUGUGUCGACCCCCUAAGCUUUUUGUCUUGUAAUAAGCCCACACACUAUCUUUUUGUAAAUAUGUUGCACCCUUGAGCUUACUACAGGAUAAAUACAUUAAAUUUCUUGGACAAGAAAUAAAUUUUGUGUUACGAUAUGUCAAACUGUUUGUUCAAAAUUAUCAUUCAUGCGGUUUAAUAAUUCUUUGAACAGAUGUUAUGAAAUCUUGUUAGAUGACUUAAUUGGUGUGUAUAUUUUCAUUAAAGUAACUUCUGUAAAGAUAAGUCAAACGUUUUGCUAAAGAUAAAGAUUUUUGCAGUUUGAUAAAUUCUUUGGACAAAUAUUAUGAAAGCUUUUCCUUGGCUAGAUGACUUAUUUUGAUGUGUAUAUUUUGCUUGUUGUAAAUGCGCGAUUUGCUGGCCUUUCUUGUUUUGAUUUGGCACCUGCUAAUUUGUGUAUCAUGAUCUUACAUACGUCACUUACAGGUCAUUGUUGGUAAAGAACAGAUCAAUUCAUGCAUUGGUAUACCUUAAAGUUUGUAUAUUGUUAUACUCACAUUUGUUUUGUGUUUAUCGUAUUGAGGGUUGUAUACUGAAAAUCAUCUCCAGGUUUACUAACACAGCAGAGUGGUCACCAGUUUUCAAUAUUACACUGGUGCCAGUUCUAGAAGUAUCAGUGAUAUUGUUCACUUCAAAGCAUUACAUUGUUUUUGGUUUAAACUAUACAAAUGUUUUAAUUAAAUUUCCUUAAAAGGAACAUGAGAGAUCCUUCCUUACAAGCUGAUGGAGGAUAUUCUUAUUUCAGAUGUCUCCCAUGAUUUUUCAUCGUUUUCAAUUAUUUUCAUGAAUCUAUUUUCUUUGAAUUACAUAUAUUAUAAAAUUCACUUCUAAUUUUUCCAUAAGAAAAGGUCAUUUUCAGGUAAAUUGGGAUAAAACUACAUCUGACAUGAGAUAUGUUUGUCAGAUUAUACACCACUAUAUAUAAACUUAUCAUUCCAGUGCAAAAUAAAAAAAAAAAAAAAAAAAUCAUAUGUUGUUGGCAAAGAAUAGGAUCUGAAAUGCAAGCUCUUUGUGACACCCUAUACAUGUAUGAAUUAUCAAGUUUGUUAAUGCAAUGCGAUUGUUUUAAGAAAAAUAUUAUGGAUUAAAAUAGUAAAAAGUUUAUUCAUUUCUUUUGGUUUAUAAUCUUAAUCGUCAUUUUGUGUAGUAUGUAUAGUUUACUGUAUAUUUAUGUACCUAGCAUGAAUUGAAUUUUGAUGAUGUGGUUUUUCCCUGCUGUAUAUGUUCUCUGAAGAUUCUCUAAUAUAGUUGUUAGUAACCAUGCCUUACAGCCAAUGUGAAUUCAUUAGUGACUGAGAAACAACCACAAGGUCUAUGAUACAUACUUCUAUUUCCAUAUUACAAUAUCACUAGAUCUAUGAUACAUACUUCUAUUUCCAUAUUACAAUAUCACUAGAUCUAUGAUACAUACUUCUAUUUCCAUAUUACAAUAUCACUAGAUCUAUGAUACAUACUUCUAUUUCCAUAUUACAAUAUCACUAGAUCUAUGAUACAUACUUCUAUUUUCAUAUUACAAUAUCAGAAGGAAGAACAUAUUGGCCCAAGGACAAAAAAAAAAAAAUAACAAUUUACUUCCAUCUCCUGGUAUAAACAUUUUUGUGCUUGAACAUCUUUCAGUAUGUGUUUUCAUUGAUUUUUGAUAUAAAGCAUAUUUUGGUACAUCAAAAUAAAUGAGCCAAGGUGAACACAUCUGUCAGCAUCAAACCCUUACAUGCUGGAAAUCCUGGAGACCUGUUGAUUUUAUAGGUGUUUGGGAAUACAUGUAUUAUGACAAAAAAAUGCAAUAUGUAUACACAGCAUUGCAGAUAGUAGAGCUCUGACUGGUAAAUUGUAUACAGAGUGAUAACUGUGGUCUCUUUGUUACAAGAAUAAAGAAGUAUCAUGGCAACAAUAAUGUUGAUUUGUAUGCAGCUCCUCUGCAAUAUUCAAAGAUACCUAUCAGCUUAGUGAUUGGUCAGUUUGUCAUGAUUUUUAACCAAUGAAAUUGAGAACUGUGAACCUUCAUUGUUGUCAUGUCAAUAGUUAUUUAUUUUAAGAAGGAUGAAUAUAUAAUUGAAAAUGAAUGGUUGGAGUUCAUUGGCUUCAGAAAUUAGUUGAUUAUUGAAGAGGUCUAAACCAUGGGUACGAUAUACAAUGGUCAUAGCUAGUGUUAAAAUCUUAUAACAUCGUUAAUAUGAAAAGUGAACAAUUGUGAUGGGGCUUCAGACUUUCCAUAAUUGACAUGAAAACUGAAAAAAUAUACAUUUUCUUACUUUUCAUUUCAUGUGUAAAAUUUAUGAAAUGUUAAAGAAGAGAACAUGUUUUUAUAGUCCAGAAUUGGUCCCCCCCACCCUGUCCUCUCACUUUUUCCCCCUUACCUGUGAUGGCUAAAGUAAGUAUUUCAUCUUUCUUUUUAGGUUUAUAAAUAUCAGGUAUCAGAUAGAUAUAGUCCAAAUUCUGAAACACAAAUAACCAAAGAAUUCAAUUUUAUUUUAGUUUUUUGUUUUUAGCCCACCAUCAUCAGAUGAUGGGGUAUUCAAAUCGCCCUGCGUCCGUGGUCCAUCGUCCAUCCUAAACAAUUCUUGUCACCGCUCUUUCUGGAAAAGUACUGGGAGGAUCUUUCUCAAAUUUCAUAUGCAGGUUCCCCUUGGUACCUAGUUGUGCAUUGUACCUUUUUAGGACUGAUUUGAAUUCAAGAUGGCCGACAGGUGGCCACCUUGGAUUUUGGAUGUAAAAUCUUGUUACUGCUAUAUCCGAGGAAGUACUGGAUGGAUCCUUCUGAUAUUUCAUAGAUAUUGGUUUCCCUUGGUCCCUAGUUGUGCAUUGUACCUUUUUUGGACUGACUUGAAAUCAAGGUGGCCCACAGGCAGCUAUCUUGGAUGUCGACAGCACAAGCAUAUUGUCCAUUAUCCACCUGUAACUGACUGCUAUCUAAUAAUACUUUGGGAUCUUUUUCAAAUGAUAUUUGCUGAUAGGUGCUUAAUAAAAAUAUCUUGUGCCAUCAUUGAGUACAUUCAAUGAAGACCAGUUCAUGAACAUUUACAACACCUGUAACAAACAAACAAAAAAAUAAACAAAUCUUCAAGAACUGAAAACAGAUCCUCAAAUGGUGGGCGCCAAGAUCCCUCUGGGAUCUCUUUUUUUUUUUUUUUUUUUCUGUUUUGUUUUGUGAUGGUUUUUUUUUUCACUCCUAUGUUUCUGCAGAGGAAUGUAUCACCUUAUGAUGACAAUAUAUAUACCUCAUACAGUUCAGUGUUUAAAUGUUGAGGACUAGCAGUCACCCCGGCCUUUUGAUGAUACAAGUAUUGAUAACUAAAACUGAAGACAAAAUCUUCACAUUCAGGGAAUAUUUAUAAUCAUCUCUUCAGUAAUUAAUACAUACCUAUCUGACGUCAAUUAAUAUUACAGCAUUUGUUAAUUCUUUUAGGUCCUUUAUAAAUCAUUCCCGUUAGGCCUAGAAUUGGCAGUGCAUAGUUUUGUUAUGAGUUAUGAAAUGAAACCCUACUGUAUAAAUCUCACACCCAACUUCAAAGUAUUUGACAUGAGAUGCAGGCCAUUAGGGUAAAUAUAGAUUUUACAUGAUUUUUGGUUUUACAAUCCACUCAUACUAUACCAUUGUGAGUAUAAAGAAUUUUUUUGAGAAGUGAUGAACUAGUGGUAACAGCUGAAAUUUAAUGGACAGAUUUAAAAACAAGGGAAAUAAUGCAAAUUUUUCACAAAAUAUUUGACUGUAGAUUUCUAACCUUUGAUAAUUUGUACAAGUUAUAAAUGAAAAUACCCGUGUAUCCUGUAGCACAUACAAGCAUAUCUAUAUACUGUAUAAUUUAUGUAUUUCACAGUAUUUUGUUGCUCAUCAAACAGAAAAAAAAAAUCAUUGGUAUGGCCAUUUGAUUAUGUUACAAGCAAUCAACAAAAAAAAAAGACAUUAAAAAGAAUGGGAUAACAAAA